AGACCAAUUAUAAUAUACACUGUUACUUUAUUAUAACUUAUUGGCGUUAAAUAAAUCGAAAGUGUUCACAUCAGUGCUAGUACCUAUACGAUAUAAUGUAUUUAUUCUGAAAAUCACGUGUAAGCUCACGUUAUUUGAAGCAAGUGCGUUAUUAUUUGUAUUACUAAAGUUAAAUCAGUGUUUAUAAAAGUGUCUCCUCGAUAUAGUCAUCAGUCAGUCAAUAAAUAUCAAAUGCGGCAACUGACAAAACAUCUGACCAUUCCGUUGUGGUAAAACCAGGAGUGUAUUACAAAACCGCGAGAAACGAAUUGCCACGCGGUCUUUUCGUGAAGUUUUAAGAAAGAAAUGAAGCAAGUAAUGUGUUCGUCUUAGUAUGGAUGUGCAGUGAUGAGUUCCCAUGGCGUGGCCGGCCGGCUCGGAGGGGGCCGUGGAGCUGCCGCUGCAGCAGAUCGAGGAUUCCCUUGCUGUCCCAGGUAUCACUGUCGUCGAUGGACAUACCAGACUCAAUGAGGAUGAAGCGACGACAUCAGGCGUGACUGAGGAUGCCGCGGAGGAACAGCAAACCCGUAUUAUAUUUGUAAAUGGCCCGCAACCCAUCAACUUUGUAAACAACCGGAUAUCGACUGCCAAGUAUAGUGUCCCGUCAUUCAUCCCGUUGUUCCUGUUCGAGCAGUUCCGCCGCUACUCCAACUGCUUCUUCUUACUCAUCGCGCUGCUGCAGCAGAUCCCGGACGUGUCUCCUACGGGGCGCUGGACGACGCUCACGCCACUCAUCCUGAUCCUCAGCAUCAGCGCUCUCAAGGAGAUCGUCGAGGACUUUAAACGGCACCGAGCAGACGAUGAGACGAACAGACGGAAAGUGGCAGUCCUGCGAGACGGCGCCUGGCACACGGUGCGGUGGGAGAGGCUGCAAGUGGGGGAUGUCUGCAAGGUGUUCAACAACCAGUUCUUCCCGGCGGACCUGGUGCUGCUGGCUUCUAGUGAACCGCGCGGCAUCUCCUUCAUCGAGACAUCGAACUUGGACGGGGAGACGAACCUGAAGAUCCGGCAGGCGCACCAGGACACGGCCCGGCUGGCCUCCAACACGGAACUGACGGACUUCCGAGCCACCAUUACGUGCGAGCCGCCCAACAGACACCUCUAUGAGUUCAAUGGCAUGCUGAAGGAAUCCAACGCCAAGACUAUAUCCAUUGGCCUGGACCAGAUGCUCCUGCGCGGGGCGAUGUUACGGAAUACGGCGUGGGUCCACGCGGUCGUGAUCUACACGGGACACGAGACCAAGCUGAUAAAGAACUCCACAAAAGCGCCCUUAAAGCGGUCGUCGAUAGACAAACAGACGAACACACAGAUCCUCAUGCUGUUUAUGAUAUUACUGUUCCUGUCCUUACUCAGUGCGGGCUUCAACGAGCUGUGGACCAAGAACCACAACGACUGGUACAUAGGACUUGACGAGGCGCAGAAUCUUAACUUCGGGUUCAACUUUCUAACGUUUUUGAUACUAUACAACAACCUCAUACCUAUAUCGCUACAAGUUACUGCCGAAAUAGUUAGGUUUUUUCAAGCAAAGUUCAUAGCGAUGGAUGUUGAAAUGUACCACGCGGCUACCGAUACGCCCGCGAUGGCGCGAACCUCAAAUCUCAACGAAGAACUGGGAAUGGUCCAAUACGUGUUCAGCGAUAAGACUGGGACCCUCACCUGCAACAUUAUGAACUUCUUCAAGUGCUCCGUAGCUGAGCACAUCUACGACCACCCCGGCCCCAACGAAGCCCCGGAGAGCACCCAGCUGUACCAGAACAUGGUAAGCGGUCACCCGACCGCUGACAUCAUCCGGCAGUUCCUCACCAUGCUGGCCGUGUGCCACACCGUCAUCCCCGAGUGGACCGCCGACCACAUCGAGUACCAAGCCGCCUCUCCAGACGAACGAGCAUUAGUGAUGGGCGCGGCGUCGUAUGGGUUCGUGUUCGAGACUCGAACCCCGGACUCCGUGGUGAUCCGCGUGGGCGGGAAGGAGGAGAAAUACAAGAUACUCAACGUGAUCGACUUCACCUCCGCCAGGAAACGGAUGUCCGUCAUCGUCCAGAACCCCAAGGGGGAGAUAAAGUUGUUCUGCAAAGGCGCGGACUCGGUGAUCUACCCGCGGCUGAAGGGCGGGGCGGCGGCGCCGCGCGCGGCCGCCACGCUGCAGCACCUGGAGCUGUUCGCGUCCGAGGGGCUCCGCACUCUGGUCUUCGCCGUCGCCGACAUAUCCGACUCCGUCUACAAAGACUGGUCGCACACGUUCCACAAGGCCUCUAUAGCGAUACACGACCGCGAACAGAAGAUAGAGGAGGCGGCCAUGCUCAUUGAAAAUAACUUGAAGCUAUUAGGAGCCACAGCGAUAGAAGAUAAAUUACAGGACGGCGUGCCGGAGACGAUAGUGGCGCUGCUGAAGGCGAACAUCAACGUGUGGGUGCUGACGGGGGACAAGCAGGAGACUGCGAUCAACAUCGCGUACUCUUGCCGUCUCAUUCACUCCAGCAUGCCUCUCAUCAUCCUCAACGAGGCCAGUUUAGAUGGCACCCGGGACUGUAUAUCCCGACACGUGGUGGAGUUCGGGGACAACCUGCGGAAACAGAACGAAGUGGCACUCAUUAUAGACGGCACCACGCUCAAGUACGCCAUGGGCUGCGACUUGAAGAAGGAGUUCCUGGAUCUGUGUCUGUCUUGUAAGGUCGUCAUCUGCUGUAGAGUGUCGCCGCUACAGAAGGCUGAGGUGGUAGAAAUGGUGUCGACUUCGACGGGCGCCGUGACGCUCGCGAUCGGCGACGGCGCCAACGACGUGGCGAUGAUACAGCGCGCGUCCGUCGGCGUCGGCAUCUCCGGCGUCGAGGGGCUGCAGGCCGUCUGCGCCUCCGACUACAGCAUCGCUCAGUUUCGGUUUCUCCUCCGACUGUUGCUGGUCCACGGUGCGUGGAACUACUCCCGUAUCAGCAAACUGAUCCUAUAUUCCUUUUACAAAAACAUAUGUCUGUAUGUCAUCGAGCUGUGGUUCGCGAUCUACUCUGCUUGGUCUGGUCAAAUCAUAUUUGAGCGGUGGACGAUAGGUUUCUACAACGUGAUCUUCACCGCACUGCCGCCCUUCGCCAUCGGAUUGUUUGAUAAACUGUGUUCUUCUGAGAUCAUGUUGAAGCACCCGGUGCUGUACAUCCCGUCGCAGAAGGGACUGCUGUUCAACGUGCAGGUGUUCUGGGUGUGGGCGGUGAACGCGCUGCUGCACUCCGUGCUGCUGUUCUGGCUGCCCGUGCUGCUGUGCGCGCACGAGGCGCUGUGGCCCGCCGGCGGUGUCGGCGGGUAUCUCGUGCUUGGCAACUUUAUAUAUACGUACGUGGUGCUGACGGUGUGCCUGAAGGCGGGGCUGGCGACGCACUCGUGGACGUGGGUCACGCACGUCGCCAUCUGGGGCUCCGUCGGCAUGUGGUUCACCUUCAUGCUCAUAUACAGCAACGUGUACCCUCACAUCCUCAUCGGAGCCGUGAUGCUGGGCAUGGACACCAUGGUGUUCUCGACCAUUCUGUUCUGGCUCGGGUUGCUGCUCAUCCCCGUGUGCACCCUCAUCCCAGACCUGUGCUUCAUCGUCAUCCACAAUUCGGCCUUCAAAUCGAUGACGGAGGCGGUCCGCGAGAGCGAGAUAAAACAACGUGACCCCGCGGCACUGCUCGCACAGCCGAGGCACUCAUGGACUUACUGCACUUACAUGAUAAGUGGGGGAACAGUCAUGAAAUGCCUCACGGAGACGGCGCGGCUGCUACAGAACGUACGCAGCGUGUUCACGCGGCGCUCGACCACGCGCGCCAACUUGGAGCUCGAGCUGUCUCAUGGGUUCGCAUUCUCUCAAGAAGAGGGCGCCAGCGUGUCGCAGGCCGACGUGAUCCGGGCCUACGACACCAGCCAGCCGAGGGCUGGGCGCUCCUGAGCUGACCACAAGCGCCGCUCGCACAUACACACCGUGUGCUGAGUCACCUCCUCGAGGCCACAUCGCCUUUAUUAUAUACGUACAAAUGUUAUGUUUGGUCUUCAAAACAUCCUACUGUUCAUUUAAUUCGUUCACAUAACUGUUUUCAUAUUAGGUUAGUGACCAAAUCACUGUGGCUUAUAUGAGGAAUACAGUGUAUUCUGUACUUAAAAAGACGUGUAAGUAAAAGUUAUUAUACUGUGUUAAUAUAAAUAGGAUUAUUUAUUGUAUACAUUAGAUGAGACUAACUGUGGUACGUUAUAUGUAGUUUCGGUCACAGGGAUCAUUGCGCCCGUAUGCUGCCCGCUAGAUGCAAAAAAAUAUUGUCACAAAAUUGUGCUUUACUCACGGCUAUAAAUGUAAACGAAUUGAUAAUUUCACGCAUAUUUCUCCAUGUUUUCAACGUUGAUUAUGCUUUAUGGGUAAGAGGUAUUACCAGUCUUAUACUAACCUAGAAUAUACGUAAAGUAUUAUUUAACUAAAUAUCGGGCCAAAAUGCCAAACAAGUAAUUUGUUAUGUAAUAGAUAUUACAAUUACAGCAAAUACGUACCAGUUAACUGUGGUUUUGAUUGUUGUUUAAAAUAUGAUUUUCCGUUACGAUAUGAGCUUUUCAGAAAUAUAUUAUGUGUUCAAAGUUGGAAAAUGUAAAAAAUACUUAGAAUAUGUAACUGUUCUCAGUUGCACUGAAUUGUACAAAGGACAGAGAUACAUUCAUAUAUAAUUUAAUCUUGUUAAAUAAUGUAUAUUUACAUUGAGUGCGUUAUAAAAUUUGUUUGUAAUAAAAAUAUGUUGCGCUUGUGAAUUCUAACUCUCUUAUUACUCUGUAGUCUGCGCAGGACGUCAGUUUGUUGAUCUUAUUAGACAAUCAAUACUAAUAUAAAGAUUCAGUGAGAAACGUUAUUAGUUCAAUUUUGAAAUAGAUUUUAUACGUAUGUCGGAAAAAGAUGUUUAUGCGUUUAGGUGGCAUGUUAUUUGAGUAUGUAAAAAUGUAUGUUCCUAACUAUAUUCAAACGGGUUGAUCUUCGUCACAGUUUUCUGUAAACGUUUAAUGUGGAUGGUCGAUAGAUGAUAACGUGUUGUAGGUUGCUCUAAAGACAUAUUUGAUACAUUAGUUUUUACAAAUAAUAUACGCCAACAAUACUGUUAGAUUACACCAUCGAUCAACAAAAGGAAAACAAUACCCGCGAUUACACGCUAUAUCAAAAAAAGCGAAAUUAUUUUCUGAAGUUUAUAAGAUAUUUAAAUUAUUUAUUAUUUUUUGACAGACUUAUUUAAUUUUGCAUUAACUACGAAUUACACGAUAAUAAUAUCAUAAUAAGGCCGUAUAUGGUGGUUGUAAAGUGGUCCUUUGUAGUUGUGAAUUUGAUAAGUUAUGCAGUUUUAGUUUGCUGACUUUUUAUCAUAAUAUUUAAUAGAAUCGAAAUGUAAAUGAUAAUUCUGUAAUAUUAUAUUUACUUGAAUAAAUUUAAGUAAAUCUGUUUAUUAAUUAACGAUUUUGUCGUACGGCCAAUAGAUGGCGGCUCUUAUUUUGUCGUGCUGUUAUGUCGUCAAAGUCCCGAUUGAAGUUAACAAAAUUGUCCCCUACUUAGAAAUUAUUCUCUAAUAUAUAGAUAAUAUUUUCUAAAAAAAAAAGUAUAAUUGGAAUUUUCGUAUAUGACGCACGUAGAUCUAUCGUUCGAUAGUGCACCACAUUCAUCGGCACAAACUUGUAUUUUAUCGCUGCAAUUUCUAGUCAACGUCUGUAGACUGUGGGUAGCGAUGUAUUGCUCAUUCACAUAAUGCCAAGUUCUUGAAAUGUCUUAUCUGUGAAUAUCGUUUUCAAUUUUCUUGCGUGCGCUGUUUUGAGCAGAUCAUACAGCGGCUUGUGCCCGCUUCAGUCUCAAUAUUUAGAUUUCAAGUAUAAAUGGAAAGAUUUCGUGAUAAAUAACUCUAUUAUGAAAUUAUUAUAAAGGAAUAUAUAACUGUAUGUAAUGACAUUUAGCGAAUAUGGUAUUCUGUAAAUAAGCGAACUACAUCUGGCACACAACACCCGCCCGUGAAGCCCUUUUUUCUUAAGUCUAUAAACAUAGCCUAAUGCUAUAAUUUCACCCAGAUCUUAUUUAUCAUAUACAGAUAAAAGUUUAAUAUUUACUAAAUUAUUGUGAUAAUAUGUAACUUAUAACUCGAAGCUAAAUUUUUCAGAGUCUUUACAAAAGUCGACUGCUAGUGGUUUUUCGAAUGACUUGUAACUGAUAUGAUAUUUAUCACAUUAUACCUCGUAACAAUUAUUGUUAACUGUUGUUAACUCGACUAAGGAACGAGGUGGUGUGCGCAGGCACCGCGCCUUUACAGUAUACCAGCCCGGGUGAUCCGACGCAAAUAAAUUAAAUUAUAUAAUCGAUGUAAAUUAACUUUUUUUUUGUCUUUCGAAACAAGUGGCACACAGAAAUGUAUUUACACGUUAAUCAGCCCAAGGACGACAUCAUUAACGAGGGACUCGGGCCGCUACAGUACGUGAUAGUAUUCGCCUUAUGGAAAUUUUAAUAAACUAUUUGUAUUUUAUUUCGGUUAAUGUACCGUUCCUUUCAUCACAAAUUAGGCCCAUUGAAGUCCAAGAGAAGUGAAAAAAUGCAGAUUGUUGCUUAGGCCAUGAAAACCAAAUUUCAGAUGAAAGUUUUCGUUGCUCUUGAAUUUGUGAGCCCUUAAAUAAGGGUUUGCUUCAAAAAAACUUGAAAGUGUAAAAUUUUAUUUCUUUUUUGGAGAAAAUCAAAGCUUGAAGUCAUAUUCGUGUAAUACUGGGACCAAUGCGGCUGUUAUUGUCGAGUGUGCAUUAAUGGAUCUUUCCCUUAUAAUUAUGUCAAAUUAAAUUUUGUAGCUGAGCAUAUGCGCCCGCGCCGCCUGCGUCGCCAUCUUAAGAAUAAGUGAACAUGUGAAUGUAACAGAUAUGGAUAAAUUAUAUUAUUUGUUCUCGUUCUUUAAAA